AUGUCACAAACAACAACAACAACAACAACAUUGAAUGAUGUAUUAAGGUCACCUUAUAUCAGAUCAUUGAUAUUUAAUCAUGUUGGUCAAAUAGCAAAAGUAGAGUAUCGUACAACAAGUACCAAAGGAAGAGAUAUCAUUCAAUUACCUCAUCUUGAAAUGAUAACAAAGUAUGCAAUGCCUUGGAACUUUUUAUGUCAUUAUCUACCGUCGGUCGAUAAAGUAUUACCUCUGAGAAGAGCAGAUGUUAUAAGUCGAUAUUGUUGUCAUCCCAAUGCAACAUUGGAUACUCUCAAACAUCUAUUGGAGUGGUCAGUAGAUUAUGAACCAAAUAAACAACCUGAUAUCAAUACUAUGGUUGAAAAUGGAAAUAUAGAGGUGUUGGAAUACAUCAUCAAUAGAUAUCCAAACAUCACAAAGAAUCAACCUCAUAUUAGUUUGGGUAGUUUACUCUAUCCACUAGAAAUACCAAGACCAACUACUCUAAUGAGUAUUGCAAGUCGUCAAGGAUUCAUAGACAUUGUAAAAUAUUUACAUGAAAGAAAUGAAUCUUCUCUAGGUGCAAUGGACUGUAAUAACUUUGAGAUAAUAAAGUAUCUUCAUGACAAUGUAGGUGCUGAAAGUUCACAUAAAUCAAUCAAUUUAACGUCUACCACUAAAGAUAGUCUUGAUAUUGUUAAAUUCUUUCAUGGUCAAGAAAAACAUCAAGGAGUAUUCCAUUCAGGAGUCAUGGAUAAUGCAGCAAGUGCUGGAUUAUUAGAUGUUGUUGAAUUUCUACAUUUCAAUCGUAGUGAAGGGGCAACAACCGAGGCAAUCGAUCAAGCAGCUUGGUUUGGACAUUUAGAAAUUGUAAAGUUUCUUCAUUUCAACAGAACAGAGGGUGCAACUACCGAGGCUAUGGAUAAUGCAUCUCGAAACGGACACCUUGAAAUUGUACGGUUCCUACAUGAGCACAGAAGUGAAGGUGCAACAGAGGAUGCUAUGGAUUAUGCAGCUUUAAAAGGUCAUAUCGAAGUUGUAAAGUUUCUACAUUUCAACAGAACUGAAGGUUGCACAACUCAAGCAUUUGAUUAUUGCAUGGACUUUGAAAUUAUAAAGUUCUUGCAUCAGAAUCGUACAGAUGGUGCAACAACCAUUGCCAUGGAUAUGGCAGCUUACAAUGACGAUUUUGAAACUAUCAAGUUCUUGCAUGAAAAUCGAAGUGAAGGAUGCACUACUGAAUCACUCGAAAAGGCAGUUGUAAGUGGAAACACUGAAAUGAUUCAUUAUCUUGUUCAAGUUGUCAAAUGUGAAUGUACAUCGGUGGCCAUUCAAACGGCAAUCAAGAUUGGUAGAUUAGAUAUUUUAUCUUUUCUUCAUGACAAUUAUCCAAGCAACCAAUAUCAAAUUUGGUCGGCAAAUGAUAUGGAUUUGGCUGUUAGAUAUGGAAAUUUAGAGAUUGUUCAAUUCCUUCACAACCACCGUCAAGAAGGAUGUACCACUGAAGCUCUAGAUAAUGCAUGUAAAUAUGGGUUCAUGGAUAUCGUUUUAUUCCUUUACGAAAAUAGAACUGAAGGUGCAACUCGUAAAGCAAUAUCUGGUGCAGCUUUAAAUAAUCAUUUUGAAAUUGUUAAAUUUUUAUACAAUAAUCACCAAAAUGAAGUAGAUAUUGCAAGAGUAAUCAAAUCAUCAAGUUUAACAAUAACAAUUGAAAUGAUGACAUUCUUUGUUGAUAUUCUAGUCAAAGAAAAAGAGGAACAAGGAAAGUUGACUGAUGGUCAAGAAGAAAACAUUGAAAAGGCAAUCCUUCGUUUAGCAGUUUUUGGUCGACUUGAAUUGGUCAAAUAUCUUGUAUCAUCGUUCAACGUUACCACAUUACAAGAGAAAACUAUAGUCGAGAUUAAAUGUUUCUGUGCCGGUUACUAUGAAAACACGAAUCUCUGUACGCAUCACUAUGAAAUUGUACAUUAUUUUGAAACUCAAUUCACUCAACAAUUCAAAUCAACAAUCUUGAAUUAUUCAUUACCAGUACCUAGAAAAUAUUACAAACACAAAAAUAUUGGUUAUGAUGAUUUCUAA